AUGGACAAUUCAAGUAUUUUUAUAGAAUAUGGUAGUAGUCAAGGGGAAGAUGUAGAAGUUGAUCACGGUAAUUGUGGUGGUGAUGAUGAUGACUCACUUUGGGUUCCUGCAAUUGGGAUGUGGUUUUCUUAUCUAGAGGAAGUUAAAACAUAUUAUCAAGAGUAUGCUUUAAAAAAGGGGUUUGGAUGGAGGAUUAGAUCAUCGAAAAAAGGAGAAGACGGGGAGGUCAACUACCUAAUACUUUCAUGUUCAAGAGAGGGGUCUAAUAUUUCAAAAAAUUCAUGCACGUUAAAGACACUACUAUCUAGAGCGAAAAAUUGUCCUGCCAAGAUUUGUAUUAAAUUGAAACAAGAUGGUUUAUGGUAUAUUACACAAUUUGAAUCUAAGCAUUCUCAUGAGACUAACCCUACAAAAGUAAGAUUGUUCAAGGCUAACAAGAAAAUGAACUUACAUGUGAGGAGAACAAUCCAAAUCAAUGAUGAUGCGGGAGUAAGGAUCAACAAUACUUUUCAAUCGCUUGUGAAAGAUGCAGGAGGACAUGAAAAUAUUUCCUUUUGUGAAAAAGAUGUGAGGAAUUAUAUUAACAAAGAGCGUUGUGCAAUUGGAAAAGAAGGAGAUGGUAAGGCUUUGAUUAGUUAUUUUUGUAAAAUGAGGGAACAAAAUACAUAUUUCUUAUAUGACAUAGAUUUGCAUGAUAAUUUUCAUGUGAGGAAUGUAUUUUUGGCUGAUGCAAGAAGUAGAGCCGCUUACGAAUAUUUUGGAGAUGUUGUAACUUUUGACACAACAUACUUGACUAACAAGUAUGACAUGCCUUUUGCUGUAUUCGUGGGUGUGAAUCACCAUGGUCAAUCAACAUUACUUGGUUGUGGAUUACUAUCAGGUGAAGACACGUAUUCUUUUGUGUGGCUAUUUAAGUCAUGGCUUCUUUGUAUGCUAGAAAAAGCACCUUUGGGUAUUGUGACCGAUCAAUGUAAGGCUAUGAAAAAUUCUAUUGAGUUAGUCUUCCCUAUAACUCGUCAUAGGUGGUGUUUAUGGCAUAUAAUGAAAAAAAUUCCAAAAAAACUUAGUGGAUAUGGAAUACAAAAGGAUCAAUUCGUGAAACAAUAUGAUAAUGCUCUUAGAAGUCGGGCAGAAAAGGAAUUUGAAGUUGAUUUUAAUUCGAUGGGUACAACAAUUCCAUGUGGAUCAAACUCGUCCAUUGAGAAACAAUUCCAAAGUGAGUUUACGAAUGCUAAAUUCAAGGAAAUUCAAGUAGAAUUCAGAUCUAAAAUGAAUUGUUCUGCCACAUUAAAUAGCAUGGAAGGUGGCUUUGCUACGUAUCAUGUGUUGGAGGAGAUAUUAGUUGGAGACAUGCGCAAAGAGCGAGAGAGGAUUAUAAGUCUUUCAGAGAAGUAUGUUUUAACAAGAUGGAAGAAAAACAUUAAAAGGAAGCAUUCAUAUAUCAAGACUAGUUAUGGUGUAACAGAGUUGAGGCCACAAAUGGACAGGUUUGACAAAUUAUGCAAGCAUUUUUAUGAGGUUGCUGAAGUAGAUGCUGAGUCAGAAGAGACUACCGAAGACCUCCAUGAAGCAUUACAUUUGUUUAGCUCUUAUAUGUCCACAAAGGAUAGUGCACUUAUUGAAGAAAACCUCAAUGAUGAUUUUAAUCCAAUCAAUAGUAAUAGAAAUUGCAGUCCAAAACAUGUCAAGCACAAAGGUCGUCCUCCAUCUAAAAGAAAAACAUUUGUCGUCGAAACAAUUGCUAAGAGGUCAAGGAAGCGAACAAAAAAAGUGAUCACAGUGAGCUUACUACAGAGUGAAAUUGUGGAAUGGUGGAAAAUCAGUUUGGAAGUUGGAAAUUGUAUGUCAUUCAUGGAUCUUUUGACAACAUGUGAAACACCCUUGACGGGUUCAUCUCAAUAUUGUAAAUUGACUUUUGUCAUAAUCCAAAUUGUACUAAACUUUGUUGGUGUAUAUAGUAUAUAA